CGGAAGCGCUUCAUCUGUGCAGCUGGACGGCUGCGAGCGCCGAUUACUUUAUCCUCUUCAGACCGAUUGGUGCCGUUAUCGUGCUUAAUGAUGUUCCGAUUGCGGGCAUUAUCCGCAGUUUCGGUGGGGCUGACCCAACUGUCCCGCCGUUAUUACCGUGGAGUAGCGCAAGGGCCUGGUCGGAGGAGGCUGAUGCUGGCAGCCCUGGCAGGCGUGACAGGUGUAUCUGCUAGCGCCGGACUACUCUGGAAAAGAGCAUAUGCUGAUGCAGGCCCUUCUGUUCGACACUCAGAGCAACCAAGUGGAGAAGAACCUGAUUUUGUUAGAGAUACAGAGUCUGAGAAAUCAGUGGAGCCGAGCAGCGGUGAUGAGGACGGAAGCGAGGAAGGUGGAGAGGGGAAAAAGAAGAAGCCCCGCUCAGGAUUCCGUGACCGCAAGGUGAUGGAGUAUGAGAACAGAAUAAGGGCCUACUCGACUCCGGACAAAAUUUUCCGCUACUUUGCAACCCUGAAGGUCAUAAGUGAGCAUGGGGAUGCGGAGGUUUACAUGACACCCCAGGACUUCAUACGCUCCAUCACACCCAAUGAGAAGCAGCCUGAGAAUCUAGGCCUGGAUCAGUUCAUUGUGAAGCGCUAUGAUGGGAAGAAAAUUGCCCAGGAGAGGGAAAAGUUUGCUGAUGAAGACAGUAUAUUUUAUACACUGGGAGAAUGUGGCCUUAUCUCCUUCUCUGACUACAUCUUCCUCACCACUGUGCUGUCCACUCCCCAGAGGAACUUCGAGAUUGCUUUCAAGAUGUUCGAUCUGAACGGCGAUGGAGAGGUGGACCUGGAAGAGUUUGAGCAGGUCCAGAGCAUCAUUCGAUCACAGACCAGCAUGGGCAUGAGACACCGCGACCGCUCCACCACCGGAAACACCCUGAAGACAGCUGGCUGCAGCUCGGCUCUCACCACAUACUUCUUUGGGGAGGACCUCAAGGGAAAACUUACUAUUGGCAGCUUCCUGGAGUUUCAGAGGAUGCUGCAGCAUGAUGUACUCAAAUUAGAGUUUGAAAGGAACGAUCCCGUGGACGGCAGAAUUUCAGAGAGACAGUUUGGGGGUAUGCUGCUCGCCUACAGCGGCGUCCAGUCUCGUAAACUCAAGCUGAUGCAGAAGGGCUUGAAGAAGAUGUUUAAGGAUGCGCAGGGAAUCACAUUCCAGGAGGUGGAGAACUUCUUUACUUUCCUCAAGAAUGUGAAUGACGUGGACACGGCCCUGAGUUUCUACCACAUGGCAGGAGCCUCCAUAGAUAAAGCGACCAUGAAGCAGGUGGCCCGAACUGUGGCCAAGGUGGAGCUGUCGGAUCACGUGUGCGAUGUGGUGUUCGCUCUGUUCGACUGUGACGGGAACGGAGAGCUCAGUAACAAGGAGUUCAUUGCCAUCAUGAAGCAGCGGCUGAUGCGCGGCCUGGAGAAGCCCAAGGACAUGGGCUUCACCCGGUUGGUGCGCGCCAUGUGGAAGUGCGCCCAGGACACCGCCUGGGACUUUGCCAUGCCCAAGACAUAAUGGAGACGGGACAGAACAUUGCGAGCGAGAGACAAAGUCAGUUGCUCUCGUUCAACAGCUUUCAACAAUUAAUGUAUUGAACUCAUUAGGACUGCAGCUCUGAGGGCCGUCAUCAGUCACUAUCGCAUGUAGCUGUAGUUCAUGCUGUCAGUGCAGCGUUGCAUCCUGACGCAGUGCAGUAAGUACUGAAAAGCUUCUCCAGCAUGCUUGUCCAAAGCAUUAUGGCUAUAUGUACAUUUUAUUAUAUAUAUUUUUUCCUUAUUGUGUUGAGAAAUGCAACACCUGCUUUUUAACUGUGUGACUUUGCAGAACACUAAAAAUAAACACAUACUUUCAUUUGAAAUAUCUUACUACAAAAGGCAAGAUGAGACAGAUGAGACAGAUGUGACUGAGGGUCCUGACUACUGAACAGGAAUCUGCAGGUCAGGACUGAAUGUACGUGACACCACGUCAUUCAGUCCACCAGCCUCUGAUUGUCCAAUAAAAGCUCAAUAUUGCUCGUCUUACUCUGCAAUGUCAGCUUCAAAGUAUGUAUUCUUUUAAUUAUUAAAUUACUGCUCAUGAAAAACACUUUGUAUAAAAUGGAUAUUAAAAGAAAUGCUUAUUAAAGCUGUUUUAACAAUGUAAAAAAUG